AUGGAAAUUCUCCGUCGGAUCUGGCCAAUUGCCAAGGAGCUUUACGAUUUAAUUGUUAAUAAGUGGCCAACCGAAGACGCAGCAGAAAUUGAAGAAAAGAAAAAGAAGGAGGAGGAGGAGAAGAAGAAAGCUGAGAUGCAGAGGACGUGGAAGGAGUUGGAGAGCCGGAGAGAGAGGCGAGAGAGGCGGGGUUCCGACGGGCCACAAUUCACCAUGAGGUUCAGCACUAUCACAUGUUCCUGCUGUCCACACAACUGA